AUGACCUGCUCGAGACUGGAACGUUUGCCUAAUCGCUUCCGCCACCUGUCUGAGAAAUCCGACACUUUCCGACCGACAGGGAAGGUCAAGGAUCUGAAAUUAUUGCUGACUCUCCUGAUCGUGCUUGUGUGUGUGGGCGUGGCCUCCUGCCAGGAUGGGUCCUACAUCCUGGAUUCCAGAGGCGUCGACGCCCAGCAGGGGCUCCUUCCAGCACGACAGCUCUACGACAACUACGAGGCCUUCUCAGACGCCUUCAGGCGACGAUCUCAGGAGAUGGCCAGGGAGUACAGCUUGGACCAGACUGUCUACAACGACCCUAACCCCGAGUACACCUGGGCUUAUGCCGUCGACGCCAAAUCCACCGGGGACAUGAAGUCUGCCAGAGAGGAGCGUCGAGGGGACGUCGUUGUGGGUCAGUAUUCUGUCAUGGACCCUGAUGGCACUCUGCGCACAGUCGACUACUCGGUCGCUCCAGGCACUGGAUUCCAAGCCAAGGUCACCAAGGAAAGGGCUGACGGCGUUUCCAGCAGUCCAGUCACGACAUACAGCCAACAGAAUCAGUAUUCUCAGUACCAAAAGCAGCAGUACAACCAGAAUCAACAAUCCUACAGGAAUCAAAACCAGGAGUCUCGCUCCCUGAAUCAGAGGAACGACAGGAAUGAUUACCAAAAUCAGUUCCAGAACCAGCAAUACAGAUAUGAAAAUGGUGAACGUUUCCAGAACCAGCAGUCAAACAGGAAUUACUUCCAGGACCAACAGUCUAAUAGGGACAACUUCCAGAACCAACAAUACUACAGACAAAAUUCCCAGAAUCAAAACAGAAAUGAUCUCCAGUUCAAGAACAAUGAUAGAAAUGACUAUUCCAGUCAACGUUAUGGAUCCAACAGGAAUUACUUCAACAAUGAUCAGUACAAUUCCCAAAGAAGUUUGUAUUCCAGGGAUUCAAACAACUUCCAGUCCUUUGCUCAACGUUAUGGAAACACAAACAGACAGAAUUAUAACCAGUACAACACCAAUUACAAUAACAACCAGCAAUCUCAACUCCAGAGAAAUAACAACUACAACCAGUACAACAGAGACUCAUCACAAUACACCUCAGGUAGAUAUGGCAACAACUAUUACAACUCUCAGGAACAGAACAACAGGUACAACCUGAACAACCAGAACAGAAACUACCAAUACAACCGAAAUGAGAACGAAAAUCAAUAUUAUAGAACCCAGCAGAGGAACAACCAGAGACAACAGUACAAUAACAACAAUAAUAACAACAAUAACUGGAACAGAGAUUCAAACUACAGCAACAACCCUGACUACUACCAGAGGUCACAACAGUACCAACAAGGAAAUCAGUUCCAGAGGUCACAGUACAACAGAGAAGGUCAGUACCAGGGUUUCCGGUUCUCACAGAACCAGCAGAGAAGCCUGACCCAGCAGAACUCAAGACAGAACUCCCAGUUCUACUCUCGCCAGAACUUCCAGAAUCAGAACAGGUACAGCCAGAACUACGCUCCCAUCAGUGUGGUUCUUGCUAGAGGCAAAUGAAAAUUCAACUGAUUUCUAGAAGGACCAUUUUAUAGAUGA